UCCCUCUCCUUAUUCUCUUCAACUUCUUCCCUCACCUCCUCCUUAUAUCUCGCAGCUCUUCCACUUUCAGACACCAUGAGGAUGAUGAUCGACCUGGGAAACCAACGAGGUCCCCUCCCUAUAAUGGACGCUCCCACCUCCGUUGACUGUGGCAGGGAAGUUCGCUUCCGCAGAUCCUUUAGGUCACUCGUGGAAUGCAUGGUUCCCUGCUGUGGUUUCCAACCAUCUGAUUCCCUUUCCACCGACACUGACUCUACUCACCCCUCCACUACCGUCACCGGAACUUUCUUUGGUUACAGAAAGGGUCGUGUUAGUUUUUGCCUCCAGGACGAUACCCGCAGCUCUCCUCUUCUACUUCUUGAAUUUGCAGUUCCUACUGCGUACUUAGCCAAGGAGAUGCAGUAUGGGCUCCUUCGUAUAGCUCUAGAGUGCGACCGACAAAAGGAGAGGUCUAGCUCAUGUUCCCUGUUCAACGUGCCGGUGUGGUCCAUGUACUGCAAUGGGAGGAAGGUUGGAUUUGCUAUCAGGAGACAGAAGACAGUGAACGAUUUAGGAGUACUAAAGAUGAUGCAAUCGGUGUCUGUUGGUGCAGGAGUUUUGCCUGUGGCUCCCAAGUCUGAGGAUGGAGACCUCAUGUAUCUACGUGCCAGUUUCGAACGAGUCAUUGGGUCUGCCGACUCAGAGUCGUUUCACAUGAUAAAUCCGGUUGGGAGUUCUGGGCAAGAACUAAGCAUAUUUUUCUUGAGAUCAUGAAUGUCAGUAGGAUCCCUAGUUGAUGAGUUUGAAAUCAAUCUAAUAAUGUUAAAAAAAAAUUGUAUUAUAUAUCAAAAUUUCUUCUUCUUCUUCUUGAUUA